UUGAAGUUAUGUUUUUUUUUCUAUUAGCUACUGUCAGGGCUGUGUCAAGGCGAUAGAUGUUUACAAAACAAAAACACUAGUUAUGGAAGACUCGAGCUCAGAAAAUUGUAUAUUAUAGCGCUUAAUAAGGACCAACAAAUACUAAUUUAUUGAUAUGGAUGUAAAUACUUUAUGCCGUGCUUGCCUCACUUCUAUGGAUUCUGUUAGAUACAUUUUAUUUGAAAAUGUUUCCCCCGAUAUAUAUUGGUUCUGUACUUCGAUAGAAAUCAUGAAAGAGGAACAAUUACCAAAGUUUUUAUGUGAUGUAUGCUAUGGACUUUUGAUGCAGUUUUCUGAAUUUAAAAGUACUUGCAUCAAGUCUCAAAACACAUUGUCGAAACAAAUGCAUACAAAUAUUCUUAAGACAGAAAAUAUAUAUUUGACACAUCAAUCUUUAGAUGCAUAUAGGAAUAAAAUAUUGGAAAGUAAUUCCCGUGAACCGACAAAUUCUCCUUUGUAUCAAGAGAUAUUUAAUGAUAGCAAAAAUGUUACCGAUAUUGUCAAGGAAGAGGAUCCUGAUCAAAGCACCAAUGAAUUGGAUGCUGAAUCAUAUGUAGAAGAUUUACUUAGAGAAAAUAAGGAGAAAUCUGUUAAGAGAGUCAAAAUAAAGACUACAAGGAGAAAAAGAAAGAUCUAUAAAUGUGGCCUGUGCACCCAAAUAUUCUAUGCUGUUAAACUUUUCAAAGCACAUAAAUUACAACAUCGAACAGAAACUCUAUCAUUAAAAUGUUUACCUUGUAACAAGUCAUUUGUAACAAGAAGUGGUUUUAAGAGGCACCAUAUCAUUUGUCACACGAGCGUCAGUCUCAGUAGCAUUCAAUGCCAAAUAUGCGGCAAGAUAACUAAAAGCAGGGAAACUUUAAGGCAGCAUAUGAAACUUCAUGAAAAUAGAUGUCAAUUCAUUUGUAAUGUAUGCGGGAAAGGGUACAGUACAAGAGGAGUUUUGAAGGAUCACUUGGAGACUCACAAAGACAACCGGGAAAGGGAAUACACAUGUGAACAUUGCGGGAAGAAAUUUUUUACUAAUAAAAAUCUAUUAUCUCAUGUAAACAGAUGUCAUUCUGAAAAGAGGUUUAUAUGCCAAAUAUGUAGUUAUCCCUUCACAGAUAAAUACAAUUUGGCUCAGCAUCUCCUGAUUCAUGAAGGGAAAAGGUUAUUUAAAUGUGAAGUUUGCAAUAAAUCAUAUGCCACCCGUUCCACAUAUGUUGAACAUCAAAGAAUUCAUUCCGGAGAGCGGCCUUACGACUGUAGCUACUGUGCAAAGAGUUUCAUAUCAAAACGUAGAUUGAAUGUUCAUCUUCUUAUUCACACCGGCGAAAAACCUCACAAAUGUUCAGUCUGCGAACAGAGCUUUAAUCAAAGAGGUUCACUUAACAGGCAUAUGAAAGUUCACAACAGAAUUGUUGAUGCUAUUUAAAAAAAAAAAAACAA